CAUCUUCAGUCAUUUCAGAGACUCACUUCAUCUCUUCCGAUACUUCACGACUGAUUCCAUCUCUAUGGUUUCUUCCUGAUGUAUAGUUUUUCUUGCAGCCUCUCAGCAAGAGCACUGUAACCUGUGUGCCAGUCGAUCGUGGAUUGUACGGACACCGGAUUGGUUCCUGCCCCCGCUCUUUGGCGGCGACGACUGAAAGGAUAGAGCACAAAUUAUCACGUGUGGUAUACUUCAAUCAAACUGCAGGGCAUGAGCUUUGGGAAAACCCCUAUUUAGAGUGAUUCAUUUGUUGAAGCAGUUUGAGGCAAGAUGUCUGUUACGACUCAACUGGAGCCGACUCUUGCGUUUCUAGACACCCGAGCACCGCCCAGUACACGAAACUUCCGUCCAGAUGCAUCAAUAGUUCUCAUAGGAUGUCGAGGAUCCGGGAAAAGAAGCAUUGGAUUCAUUGGAGCAACUCAUUUGGGCCGGAGAUUGAUCACGGAAGACCAUUACUUCUUUGAAGCCACUGGAAUAUCAAGGGGUGCAUUCUUUCAGCAGUAUGGGAGUCAAGAGUUCCAGAAGAAAAGCUUCGAGCUCUUGAAACGUAUGCUUGAAGGAAAUAGGAUAGGAUGUGUCAUUGAAUGCGGGAUGGGCAGUUUAUCUGUCCCAGCUCAAAAAGUUUUGCUCGAGUUCUGCAAUACCAAUCCUGUGAUAUAUGUCACACGCGAGAGUGAGCAGAUUAGGUCACUACUCAGGUUGGGAGAGGAAGAAGCAGCUCGUCUAGAGACGGCUGAUCUUGCUCAUCGCAAUUGCUCAAAUUUGGAGUAUUUCAAUUUGUUCGAUACAAGCUGCGAUGGAACUGAGACUCCUCCCGAGAACGGAAUUGGAAACGUCUCCUCGAGGUUAAAAUAUGCCAAAGAGGACUUCUCAAGCUUUCUGGAUUUCCUGACUGGCCAAGGAGUUAUUCGAAGUGGUUUCGAAAGUCCCUUCUCAAUCAACGCCCUACCACCAGAAAUGAGGUCGUAUACUUAUGCCUUGUCGCUGCGCCUUUCGACCAUUCCAGCUCUAGAUCUCAUGGAGCUAGAAGCCGGUGCUGACGCUGUCCAGUUGAAGAUCGAUACAUGGUCACCUGAUAUGCAAAGAGUCAUAGGGAAGCAAGUUGCAACGAUUCGGAGAAACCUUGGUGUCCCGAUAAUGUUCCAAGUCGAAGAUUAUGCUUUCGACAAUACACAUCUAUCGAUUGAAGAAAAAGAGCAUGCUUACUUCGGACUAAUGGAGCACGGUCUACGUCUUGCUGUCGAGUAUAUCUUGGUCGAUCUGAAAUACUCGUCAGAUCUGAUUUCGAGAUUGGUCCGCUCAUCGGGACGGACGAGAGUCAUUGGUCAUCAUCUGCACAGAGAGGAGAAUUCCUGGGGUUGGGACGACGAAUCUCGGAUGAUUCAAUAUCGAAGAGCCAAGUCCCUCGGCUGUGACAUGGUACGGUUCGUUCGAGCGACAUCGAAACCUCAAGACAAUGAUACCGUUCGAGAAUUCCUCAAUAGGAUCGAGUCAAUGCCAGACCAUCUACCGGUCAUUGCCUACAAUGUAGGUGAACAUGGACGGCCGUCACUGAUAGCCAAUCGAAUAUUCACGCCAGUCACCCAUCCCGUCAUGCAGACAACGGUCAGCAAGAGCCAGAUCCGACAAUUCCUUCCGACAGCAGCAGAGGCUAGACAAGCUCGGUAUGAGAUACAUGCUCUCGACCCUCUACACUUCUAUCAUCUCGGUGCCAGCGUCUUCUACAGUUUGUCUCCCGCAAUGCACACUGCUGCAUAUCAAGUGUGUGGAAUGAAAAACGACUUCCAGUCACUUAAGGUCGAAUCGCUAGAAGAGAUCCAGCAACUGUGCCAGGAUCCCAAUUUCGGAGGUGCAGCCAUUACACAACCAUUCAAAGUUCAAAUCUUGUCGCGCAUUUCAGCCAAGAGUUAUCAUGCAAAGGCUAUCGGAGCAGCCAACACCCUCUUGCCGCUGAGAACAUUAUCAAACGGAAAAUCUUGGGACCAGAAUACUCAAACUCUACUUCGUCACGCCAAUCAGAGAGGGAAAGCAGGCCCAAUAUUUGCAUACUAUGGUGACAAUACCGAUUUCAUCGGCAUCCAAACUUGUCUUAGAAGGAACUUGUCACCCAGAAAUGCGAUUCAGCAUUCCAAAACUACUGGCCUCGUUAUAGGAGCUGGGGGUAUGGCACGAGCAGCAAUUUAUGCCAUGAUACAAAUGGGAUGCAGGAAAGUCUUUAUAUACAAUCGCACAGUUGAGAACGCAGAAAAUGUUGCUCGGCACUUCAAUUCCUGGGCUGCAGGACUCAGUAUUGAUGGAGAAAUAGUGACGGUCUUGAAGUCCAGAGAUGUCGCUUGGCCAUCAGGAUAUAGACAGCCGACCAUGAUAGCAUCUUGUGUUCCAGCCAGAAGCGUUGGGAACCAAGCACCGGCUAAUUUCGAGAUGCCGAUGCAGUGGCUCGGAAGUCCGACGGGUGGCGUUGUUGUGGAGCUGGCAUACUUACCACUUGAUACUCCAUUGCUGAAACAGAUUCGCCGUGUCCGCGAAGAAACGAAACAGGCUUGGGUAAUUGUGAAUGGCCUGGAAGUCUUACCCGAACAAGCGAUAGCGCAGUUUGAGCUCAUGACUGGGAGGAAAGCUCCAAAGAGAAGGAUGAGAUUCGAAGUGCUUCAAAAUCAUUACAGAUACGAAGAGUAGAUAAAAAGUGGAAGAAAUGUGAACGGUAUCGGAAAACUCUGAAUUUGUGGGACGUGAUCCGUCGUACAACUUCUAUGCCUGUUCUCAAGGUUGACAGGCAUUUCGUGAGCAUCUGCA